AAUGAUUGAAUAAUUACCAACGAUCUCACUUUGUGAAUCAACUCUGUUAGAAUAACCUCUUCUUUCGUCAUAAUAAUCUUAUACUGAGAAAAAAUGUGGUAGUCGGUUUUAAUUUGUUAAAUGUGAAUAAGAAGAUAAGCAAUAUUAAGCAGAAAAUAAUAGAAAUAGGAUUAAACAAUAACUAAAAGGUAUAGCAUAUAGUCGAAUGUUAGGAAGACUGUAACUAAUAAUAAAAAAACCAUCAUAUUAUGAGAAGAAUUCGUAAGAGGAACUUUAGGAAUUAGGAUAGAAGCUAGAUGUUGAAUUUAGUGAUCUAGACUCUUUAUACAUUUGUGCUGACACAAAAAAAUUCGAUUAAGAAUAUGAGAUCAUGGAAAUUCUAGGUGAGGGUUGUUUAGGAUUAGUAAAAAGGAUUGUAAAUAAGCAGACAAAAGAGGAAUAUGCAGUUAAAAUAGUUUAAACAUAGGACGAUGAGAUUAUACGAAAUGUAAAAUAAGUAGUAUAUUUAGAUGAUAAUCGAAUUUAAAUCACUUUAAAAGUUAAAUCAUGAUAAUAUUGUCAAGGUUCAUCGUUUAUAUAUUGAUUAUAAUAAUGGAUUCUAAUCUGAAAGUAAAGCUUAUGCUAUAUUGGAACUGGUCAAAGGAUAAGAAAUGUUUGAAGUAAUUAAUAAAUUAGGACAUUAUUCUGAAAGUGUUGCUAAGGAACUGUUCAAACAAUUAUUGAGUGCAAUUGAAUAUAUGCAUAGAAAUGGAAUUUGUCAUAGAGAUUUAAAACCAAAUAAUAUUUUAUGUGUGGAAAGUAUUUUUAAUUGUUUAUUAGAUAAACAUUAGAUAAAAGUGACUGAUUUCAAUGUGAGCAAAUUUAGCGAUACUUAUAAAGAAUUUGGAGAUUUGAAGGAUAGAGAAAAAAUUGAAAUGUGGACUUAUACUGGAACUGUAGCAUUUUCUGCGCCAGAAAUAUUUACAGGAGAAGGUUACAAGUAAUAAUUUUCUAUAAUUUCUAUUUACAAAGUUAAAUGGUUGAUAUGUGGAGUGCAGGAUGUGUUUUAUAUUCGAUGCUAUCGGGAUAAUUACCAUUUAUUUCAGAAUAGUAAAUGAAUAAUGUUAUUUAGUUUAAAUGACUUGAUUGAAUAAAUUAAAGAAGCAUAAAUUUAAUUUCCUGAUGAAUUAUUUAAAUAAGUUUCAAAAGAAGCCAAAGAUCUAGUAUCCUAGUUGUUACAAAAGGAUUCUUCUUAAAGACUUUAACCUGAUGCAGCCUUAAAGCAUCCAUGGUUUGAAAAUUUAGUCCUUGAAUAAGAAAUAGAACCAUUUUUAAAUUUAGCAAUCUUAAACAACAUUCCUAGGUUAUCCUCAAAAUAUUCAAGGAAUAACUAAAAAUCUAGAAGCAUCCUUUUAAAAUCCUCAUAAAAUAUAUUAUCAUAAAAUACUGACAAAUCAAAUCUCUUGCAAUCUGAAUAUACUUGCAGUCCUGCAAAAUUUACAAGUAAAAAAAAUAAUUUUUUCUCAAAUUCUGUUUUUGAAAGUCAAUUAAAUAAUUAAGGUGGAAUCCAAAAUGAUAAUACCUCAAUUACAGAUUUUGCCAAUUUGUAAUUAAUUAAAAACACCUCAAACAUUAGCGAAGAUAUUUCUGAUCUUUAAUAUGUAAAACUGGAGUAAUUUAUCGUUUACAAGAAAAAUGAAAAUUAAAAUUUAGAAACCCAACAAUCAUGA